AUGCCCAACUCUCACCGGCACUUCCACCGUCACCGAGACAUUAUCGACGACAUCGAGAACAUCAUCAAUGGCGUCAAUCCCGACGACGAGCCUCAUCGACAGAGCCCCAAGGUUCAGGCCAACAAUGUCGAGAGAGAGCAGUCCACCGUGGUUCAGGUCGUCUACAAGACCAUGAAGCCGACCUUUUCUGGCCCAAUUGGUGGUUACGUGACCAUCCACUCGACACCCCCGGCCAAGGAGACUCCAAAGCCUGAACCUACCCCUAGCAAGAAGCCCGAGGUCAAGGAGACGCCCACCCCAAAGGAAUCCCCCAAGGAGACGCCCAAGCCAAGCCCGAAAGAGACGCCCAAGGAGACUCCCACUCCCAAGGAAUCCCCCAAGCCGACGCCGACCCCGAGCCAGGAAGCAAAGGCGCCCAAGGAGAGCUCUGCCGUGCCCAGCGCCAUUUCCUCUCCUCAGCAGAGCCCCUCCUCCUCCGUCGAUGAUCUCGCCAAGGCUACCGGUUCCCCCACGCACGGCUCGUCGCCGACAACGGUGGCUGUCGACGGCAAUCGAGCUCACAGCCCCUCUGCCUCGGCCACUCUGGACCCGGCCGCGGCGUCAUCCCCCAGCAGCGUCAGCGACUCCAGCUCCAGCUCCGGCACCAGCGCCGGCGCCAAGGCGGGAAUUGCCCUGGGUGUGCUUGGUGGUGUCCUCGUUCUGGGAUUGCUCAUCUUCUUCCUCGUCAGCCGCCGCAGAAAGCAGGCUGAGCGCGAAGAGCUUUCAGGUGACGAUGAAAAGGCCCAAGCGACGCCUCCUCCUGCUGCUCCUGCUCCUGCUCCUGCUCCUGCUCCUGCUCCUGCUCCUGCUCCUGCUCCUGCUGCUGCUGCCGUUCCUGCUGCUACGGCCGCCGGAGCUGCCGUCCACCACCAGCCAAUUGCGGUGGCUGAACCAAAGCCCGUUGCACGCGCACUUACUCCCGAGAUCUCUCCAGCACCGUCACCCGAGCCUCUCGAGCCUGUUGAACCUGUCGAGGAGAUGGUCCGUACAAACCCGAUUGCGCCGCGCAUCAGCCUCCGGCCCGCCUCCCAAUUCGGCUGGGACCUCGAGAAGCAGGCCGCCGCGGGAGCCGAGGCUGCCGCCGUCGGUGUUGCUGUGACUGGCAAUGCUGCGGAUCGACCCGACACCAGCCAGAGCAACAACCCUGCGAAUCCCUUUGGCCAGCAAGCCGAGCGUGUUCCCUCUCCUGUCCAGGACCCUCCCGCCGCUCGUCCCACGCCCACGUACAAGCCCUACUCGCCCACCGUCGCGUCCAUGAGCGACAAGGCGCCGACCCCGGAAGUGUCGAAGGCUGGAGAGGCUGCGGUGGCUACUGCGGCUGUGGCCACCACGGCCGCGGUCGUUGCUGCUGGAGCCGCGACGCUGACUCGCAAGACGUCAAUCCGAAACCAGAACUCCAAGGCUCCUGUUGACCUGACCGUGACCACCAACCUCGACACGGUUCCCCCAAGCCCCGUGGGUACCGACUACAGCGCCUCGUCAGCCUCUCCCGUCCCUGGCGCUGCGCCUUCGCCUGGUGCCGCCGCCAUUGCCGCGGCCGGUGGCCCUGCCAACUCGACUGUCCACCGCGUGCAACUGGAUUUCAAGCCCACUCUCGAGGACGAAUUGGAGCUCAAGGCCGGCGACCUGGUGCGCCUCCUCCACGAAUAUGACGAUGGCUGGGCGCUUGUCAUCCGUCUGGAUAGGUCCCGACAGGGUGUUGUCCCUCGCACGUGUCUAUCUACCCGUCCAGUGAAGCCUCGCCCGCCCCAGGGACGUCCUCCCGUCCCGGCAGCCGGCGGUCCCCCUCGCGGAACCAACUCUCCCACUGGCCAGCGACCGAUGACUCCCCAAGGCCAGCGCCCAAUGACGCCCCAGGGCAUGCGCGGUCCCAACGGCACUCCCAAUGGAGCUCCCAGGAUGGGACCUGGCCCCGGAUCGCGCCCCGCCUCGCCUGCCGGUCCGAGGAUGAACGCCAACGGAAGCCGACCGCAGUCGCCCAUGGGCCGCCCGAUGAGCCCCGGGCCAAAGUUCCAGGGACCUCCCACCAGCCGCCCCCAGAGCCCCAGCGGAAUGAGCCAACGCGGAAGCCCUCCGGUUUCCAGCCCAUUGAACCCCAACUCGUCGUCGCCCGCAUCGUCACCGACAGACUCUCCGUCGGGACCUUCAGCAGGGUCCAUCGGCAGGAAGCCUGUUCCCGGCCAGGCCUAUUGA